AUGGCUCGCGAAAGCCAGCGCCCGGCCGCGACGCCGACAAGACGGGCCUCGAGUGAAGGGCCAGUGACCUCGAUUUACCGACAACCCGUGCUCAGAACGCCCGGAAGUCACGCACGGGGCCUUCAGCGCCCGCAGGCGACAUCAGCAUCAGGCAGGAAGAUCGCGCCUCCGACUGCGACGCCACAUGCUCGCGCCGCAUUCCGGACCAUCGACUCGCGCCGGGCAGCCAUCUUCACGCCGCAUCGCGCCAGGCGGAAGAGCUUGCGCGAGGUGCGCGACUCGCCCCGGGACUUCUUGCUUUCUCUAGGACGAAUGUUGGCACGCAACACAGAGGUGAUUACAACAUCAUCCUCCUCAUCGCCUGGGGAGGAAGACAAGACGCUCGGCUCGGAUGGCGCAGGCAACGAGACGACGCUCGGGGCGAUUAGUGUCGACGACGAUGAAGAUGAGGAGGAGCUUCCGAAGCGUCCGCGGCUCUCGCUCCCUAUUGACGAGGAGGACGACGAUAGCGACGAUCUCCAGCCUCAUCAUUCGGUGGUGAUUGACGACGACAACUACACGAUGCAGUCUAUCGAGAUGCCGCGGAGGGCCAUUAGCGAGCAGCCUGGUGGCCGGUUUUCCAUGAACAGCGUGCGCAUGAGCGAUUACUUCAACACGAACGAUAUGCUGCAUAGCGAGGAUAUUGAGGUAGACUCAGGCUUCUUUCCCCCGACAGCGGUGUUGGACGAGAACAACAUCACGAUAGGGGUCGAGGAGCUACCAUCCCCUGAACGGCUUGAUUCGGACGGUGAUCGGCGCGACCUUGGCCGCGAGAGCUAUUUUGGUAUCGAGGUGCCUGUCGGGGACAUCAACGAGAGCACGUUCAUGAUAGCGCCCCAGGUCGAGGAAUCGCCCAAUCGACCGCCCGUCACGAAUGGCACGCCAACGGUCGACGACUAUCUGCCACUUGUUGACCAUAGGAGUGACGACUUUGAUGACGAGGACUUAAUCGGAGGAGUGCCAGCGUUAGCUGAUGAACCAGUUGAAGGGCCCAGCGACGGCCGGCUUGAGGAGACAGACGUUCAGUUCGCGAGCAUCAAGAGGGCUCAGGUGCGUGGAGCAACCAAGAAAAUCAUCAGGAUCUCAAAACACGGCAUCGAGUAUCCGUCUCUUCCACCGGCCGUGGUGCAAAGGCUGGCUCAAAACUUUGCAAAGGCCAGCGGCGCGAAGGGGAAGAUCACGCCAGAUGCCAUGCAGGCUAUUAUGCAGGCCUCGGACUGGUUCUUCGAGCAGCUGGGUGAGGACCUACAGGCCUACGCCAAGCACGCCGGCCGCAAAACCAUCGAUGAGAGCGAUGUUCUCACCCUGAUGAAGAGGCAGCGUCAGAUCAACCCUAAUACAACAGUCUUCGCUCUGGCGCAACGCCACCUUCCCAGGGAGUUGCUGCAAGAGCUCCGCAUGCCACCCCCUGCUGUACCGAAGAAGCGCCGCAGGACAAAGGGCGGGGCGGAGGAUGAAGAUGUGACCUGA